AUGCCCUUCAGCCUCCAUCCGAAAUCUUUCCGCCUCGCGGGCACCGACAAUGACUUCGCUUUCGGCACACCAGCCUUCUUCUCCGCUGCACAACUGCCCUCGUCCGCCGGCAGUGCGCUCGCCGCCAUGGCAGGGCGUCAGACGCAGCCCGACUUCGCUCACCUCAUCCUCCUCGUCUUCGAGGCUGUCAUGGAGGUUGUCUGUGUCAGCUUGCCCGGGUACAUAGUCGCCAGGCAGGGCAUGUUCGACGCCGAGUCUCAGAAGUUUUUGGCCAACCUGAAUACGCAGCUGUUUACCCCUUGUCUGAUCUUCACCAAGCUCGCCUCGCAGCUCACGGCGGACAAGCUGGGCGAGUUGGCUAUAAUACCCGCAAUUUUCGCCGCGCAGACGAUGGUAUCAUGGCUCACUGCCAUGGCUGUAUCCAGGGCCUUUCGCUUCAAGAAGAGGCAGAGGUACUUCGUAAUCGCCAUGGCGAUCUUCGGCAAUUCCAACUCCCUCCCCAUCUCUCUCGUUAUCUCGCUUUCCAAGACCAUCAGCGGACUCCACUGGGACAAGGUACCCGGAGACAACGACGACGAGGUGGCUGCUAGAGGUAUUCUGUACCUGCUCAUUUUCCAGCAGCUUGGACAGCUUGUGCGCUGGACUUACGGCUACAACAUUCUGCUUGCUCCCCCGGAGAAAUUUGCCGAGGAGGAAGCGGCUUCGAAUGCCAGGUUAGAGCGCGGAGAAGCGCAUGAGCAACAAGGUCUGCUAGAAGGGGUCUCGGUGGGAUCGAGCGUGGUAUCCAGCAGGAGGCCUAGCCAAGAAAACAUCAAGCACUCUGCGACGGACUCGUCUCAUUCCGACUACGGAUCCGGAACUCUCACACCCGCUAAACGACCGCAAUACGCGUCGUCAAUAAGCUCCAGCUCAUCCGCCUCGUCAGUGCCUGGCGUGUUGCCCACUCCUACGAACGGCAACAUCUACGAAAACAUACCCUCCGGCUCCAAGGGCUGGUGGCCUCGCACCAAGCGCGCCGGUCUCCGCGCCCGAAAUGCUGUCGCGCGCGCUACCCGCGCCGCCUCACACAGCAUCUCCACCCGCUGGCAGAAAAUGUUCAAUGCGCUCCCAAGCCCCCUGCAAAAGACACUUUCCUUUGUCUAUGGCAUUUUCGCCCGCUUCCUCAAGGGCGUCUGGGCGCAGAUGAACCCCCCGCUCUGGGCAAUGCUGAUCGCCAUCAUCGUGGCCUCCGUCCCACAGCUCCAACACCUCUUCUUCGAUCGGGGGACUUUCAUCAACAACUCCGUGACACGGGCUGUGCAGCAAUCGGGCGGCGUCGCCGUGCCACUCAUCCUGGUUGUGCUCGGCGCGAACCUUGCGCGCAACACGCUGCCGAAGAACGACCCGCACCAGAUCAACGACCCCAAAGAGGAACGCAAUCUCAUCACUGCGGCGUUGCUUAGCAGGAUGCUGAUCCCGAUCAUCGUCAUGGGCCCGCUACUGGCGAUAUUAGCAAAGUUCGCGCCCGUCUCCAUCAUGGACGAUCCGAUUUUCUUGAUCGUGUGCUUCUUGCUCACGGGCGCGCCGAGCGCGUUGCAGUUGGCGCAGAUUUGCCAGCUCAACGGAGUGUACAUGGGUGCGAUGAGCAGGCUGUUGUUCCACAGCUAUGUCAUCUGGUAUGUGAUUCUGCCGAGCACGCUAAUACUCGUUACGUGUGCGCUGAAGGUUGUGCAAUGGGCACGAUAA